UCUACGACCACCUCCCUCACGCUUCGUGCUAUUCUUGCUACAGAUUCUCUUCAUAACCACACAGCCUUAGAUCAUGGGAGCUUCAGACGGAAAUAUGCUCCGAGGAGCGCCAUUUGAAGACCCCGCGUAUCUCCCCUCGCGUCUCCCCUCCUCGUACAAUCCAAUGCACACAUUCGAGCUCCCGAAGGGAGCAGAUAAGCACUACAGACAGCAAUUCGCGGACAUGUACUUCCUAAGACUGGCGCAAUUGAAGGAGGCAGUGAGGCAGAAGGCGCAGGACGCCUGGUCUGACUUCAAGCUUGGGAACGAACAAGCACGAUUCGUCGAUCGAGUGUUAGAUGUGCGGCAAGGCGAGCUAUGCUGGGUCAUUGGUACAGUGUACAUCGAGAUGGGCUUGAAGCCCAAUAUCCUCGACGACAUAGCCAAAGAGCACUGGAUCGCCGCCCCACCCUCCCGCGCCACCUACAAAUCCACAAACGACGCAAUGAUGCUGGAAGACGAAUCCGGCCGCCUGCGCCUCACCGGCGCAAUAACCAAUUCCUCCACCAACGAUGAUUCGUACUCGUACGUCACAGGCUGCGUCCUCGCGGCCCUAGGCACAGAACAAGCAGACGGCGCGUUUCACGUCCUAGCAACGCAAUGGGCGGAUCUGCCCCGGCAACCCCAGCGGUGGGAACGCGACGACUCGGCGCUGGCAAUGGCAAAGAAACCGGUCCCACAACGCAAAUCAGAGAAGAGAAAGGGCGAAUCCGGCAAACUCGCCAUCGUCUCGGGACUCGAAAUCACGGGCACGGAAGACGACGACGUACCGCUGGAUCUCUUCAUAGAAUACCUCACCUGCGAAUCCGGCGGUCCGCCAGACCAAACCCCCCGCACGAAAUUCUCCCGCCUUCUCAUCGCGGGCAACAGUCUGUCGCACUCAUCUCCCAUUCUGUCGAGGGAAGAUUUCGCGGCUGCGAGAAAAGCGGGCAAGCAGAAACACUACGGAUACGACAGCUCGGCCUACAACGCCUCGCCCUCGGAACGCCUCGACGACUUCCUCGCGCAGAUACUGCCAACGGUACCGGUCACCCUUCUCCCCGGCGCUUCCGAUCCCGCAAACGUGGCGCUACCCCAGCAACCGCUGCAUCCUGCGCUCUUUCCGAAGAGCAGACACUACGCCAACCCUCCGGCCUCGAGCAACGAGACGCGCGAAGGGUUGGACAGCGUGACGAACCCCUGGGAAGGCGACAUCGAGGGUUGGCGCGUCGUCGGCUCCGGAGGCCAGAAUGUCGACGACUUGAUGAAGUAUGUUUCCCUUGGGAGUGUGGGCGCUCUGGAUGUCAUGGAGUUUAUGCUGAGGUGGAGAUGUAUAGCUCCCACGGCGCCGGAUACGCUGUGGUGCUAUCCCUUCCAAGACGACGACCCCCUAAUCGUAAAGGACUGCCCGCACAUCUACAUUGUCGGCAACCAAGCGGAGUUUGCGAAGCGGGUGAUUACGGGUCCCGCGGGCCAGCGAGUGCUGCUUAUCGCGGUGCCCAGGUUCAGUCAGACGAGGCAGGUCGUGGUGCUGGAUUUGGAGAGCUUGGAGGUGGAGAAGGUGGCUUUUGAUGUUAGGGGUUAGGCUUGUUUUAGGGGGAGAAAAGAGGUUGAAGAGUGUUGAAGAGGGAAUAGUAGGGCGGAGUGGAAGGGAAGGGGAAGGGAAGGAGAUGGUUUGUCUUCGAGAAAUGAUACCCGUCAUGAUGAUCGUCUGGGCGUUUACAUGACUGAUGUUUAGGCUUACCUUGG